UCCGAUCGUUUCACUUUUGGCCUAACCAGAAUAAAACAGGUCUAGUUGGGUUGGUGGCUACAGAAGUAUGGACAAGUCUCGCAGUGUGAUAGCUGGUCUGGUUCUGCUGCUCUCAGCCACCUCAGUGGUUGGCACAGGAGAUGGUGAUGACUCAACUACUGAUUGCGCAACUGAGUGUGUGAGUCAGACGGAGCUGGCUGCUGUGAAGGCAGAGAUGGAAAGUAAAUUUGACAAGCUACACUCACAGCUACUUUACUGGCAGAAUGUGACUGUGAACACUGUCAACGAUCACUGCUCCUCCCUUGGUAGCAAUCCAGAGGUUAACUGCAUUCAGUUGAUCUUUUACCAAUUUUUUGUUUCAAAGGUGCGGUUAGUGAAGGUGCCAGCAAGGUGGCUGGAGAAACAGUCUUGGUAUCGACUGUUUUCAAUAUCACUCACAGCAAUGAUGAUAUAAAGGAAUAUCUUAACAAACGGUUGGAGUCACUAGAAGAGACUAUAGUUCAACAACAGUGUGUUAAUGAUAUAAAGUCAUACCUUAAUGUGAGUUUGGACUCACUGGAAGACACUAUAAUCCGACAGCAGACUAAUAAAGACUUUGUCGACCCAGCACACAAUUGUAGCCACAUUAGACAUUGCAACCCAGGAGCUACUUCAGAGCUCCCCUGACUAUGCAGUGAGGGUGUUCUGUGAUAUGGAGAGGGUGUGUGGGUGUGAUGAGGGGGGAGGAGGGUGGAUGAGAGUGGCCGAUAUCAACAUGACUAGACCCAAUGAGAACUGUCCAGCAGGGUUCAGAAAGGUCACUGCCUCUGGCAAGACAAUGUGUGGAGGGCAAAGCCGAUCAUGCAUCAGCACCACUUUCAGCUCACAUGGACUCCAGUACAGUCGAGUGUGUGGGAAAAUCAUUGGAAUUCAGUAUGCCGGCCCAGACGGAUUCGAUCCAUAUGGUCUACAAGGUGGAUCAAUUGAUAGUAUCUUUGUUGAUGGCAUAGUUCUAACACGCGGUUCCCCUCGUAACCACAUCUGGACUUUCGCAAAUGGAGUCAAUCAGUUCUCUAAUCGAUAUGGCUGUCCCUGCAAUGUUGAAGACUACAGUAUAAAUUUACCAUCGUAUAUGGGAAAUGACUAUUUCUGUGAGAGUGGGUACCACCAAGAUGUACACCCUCCAUCAAACUACUUUACUAGCGACCCACUCUGGGACGGUGCUGGUUGCAUCAGUGGCUCCUGCUGUACCUUCAACUCUCCUCCGUGGUUCUGUAAGAACUUGUCCACACCAACUACUGAUGACAUUGAGCUACGGCUCUGUCUGGAUGAGGCU